CGGCAUGGGUGACUGAGGCACUUGAUGUGUUCAAACCAAAACCCUCGCUUGGACCUACACGUUCGGGCGUGGCAUUCGAACCACUUCGCGGCGGGCCGUUUAAUGAUCCAUCACAUUCGACAUCGUCACCCAGAAAUGACCCAUCACAUUGUUCUGACUUGCCAAGGCGCAUAGCUGGAUCCAAUCUCGGCCAGCAACGACUACAGAAGAAAUUGGGAUGCCGUGGGGCGAGCCGAAUUCGGGUACAUGAUGCGAACACCCGACGAUGGGAUCGGUCUCUCUUUCUCUCUCUGUCUCUCUCACCACGAUGGCGAUGUCGAGCGGGUCGCACCCCCUCCUCCCCACUGAUCAGCACUGGGUCUCGUUGUCGAGCCGCAUAGCUCCAGGCUUCUUUUUGAAGAUGGCGAAGAAGACUAAGGCGAUCGGACCCUCCCCCCUCGAAAAAGUAAGCCCCUGCUGGACCCUCCAGAUCCCCCACCCCUCAUCGAGACGGGAAAGCACCACAUCUCUGAAUAUGGCCGAUACCCGGCCUUCCGAAGAAGAAGUAGAAGAACAAGAACAAGAACACGAGCAGAGCGGAGGCUCCAAGGGCAGCAUAGUCCGCCCUCGUCCAGACGGCCCGCUUCGGGGCUCGCAAAGCAACCCGACUAACCAGACCGGCAAUCCCGUCGGCCUCCCUCUGCGGGUUGUCAGUCCCAUUCGCAGUGUGGAAGGGAGAGGCGGCCACCGUAGACCACACUGAAACAGCCUGCUGUGACUUGUCGAUAUGACAGAUGACGGCGACGAUAACGACAGGAGGCAAGCGGGCAUUUGUCUUGCGUCAGGCGCCGUCCUAUCUCACGCAGGCAUGCUCAGCCAACAGGUGGACCGACACUUACACGACAACCCCCUCACCGUGUUGCACCAUCGCGGCCCGCCCCUAGCAGCAUCCUAAUGUCCGGACAUCCCGCGUCCAUGACAGCCUCUUAGCGUUUCCCAACAACACCUUCGUAUCCCCAUCCCCCCUCCGCCUGGUCGCAGGGCCGUUGCCCAUCCCUGCCUCAGGAGCCUUUCGCAACACAACACGUCAUCGGCGCUCACUCGAGUCGACGUCGACGAGCCUCCGGCCUAGGCCUCGGCACGCGAACCCGCCCUGCAUGUAGGGUCCAGCAGUGACAACCCCAUUGACCAUCAAUGUACGGAUAGUCAACACCAUUUCUUCUUUCCCAGUCGGCCGAUCGCAAGCAUGUACACGAGGAAGCGCAGCCCACCGGCUCGAACGAAAUUCCCUUGUUGCUUCUCCUCCGCUU